GUGCCCGUGGAGCUAUUUCCCUGUUCCGCUGCCGCUGAGUCACAGUGAGAAGAGUAGUUUGAUGUUGAUAUUUCGCCAAAGCAUUUCUUUGGUUUGCGCACGAGUAUUUUCGCUUAUUUUCUCAACAGAUUUGACCUAGUUUGACGAACGUUAGUUACACUUGCCAGAAAACAUUGUGGUCCGCGCUGUCAGGAACCUGCUAACUAACCUAGCUGCUCUGUCAUCUAAGCUAGUUAGCUGGCUAGCAUUCGAAUGGCAGACAGCUGGUGUGCCGGCUAAAUUCAAAUUAUAUCCCUUCCUUAUUUUUCCUCAAUUUUUCUGUUUUUGCCGAAUUCAGUUAUGAAUUAUGGCUUGUCCCUGUACAUCUGCAGCAAGAUUUCUCAUACAUUCUGCCAAUAAAGGCAUUUCAGGUUCAAGAGUCCAGUUGCUCUCACUUAGUAGACCAGGGGCUCAUGAGGCUCGUCUACUUCACAGAGUCCCUGCCCGGCUCUUCUCUGAAACUUCUGUACAUUAUGCAUCAAAGGAUGGAAUUAAGGAUGGAGAUGGAGGAAAGAAGUCCGUCAGUGAUGUGAGUGGGAAAAGAUCCAGUUCAGGUAGUUCAGGAAAAGGAGGAAGCCAGCUCCGUUGUCCUAAGUGUGGGGAUCCCUGUACACAUGUGGAAACAUUUGUCUCCUCCACUCGUUUUGUAAAGUGUGAGAAAUGCCAUCAUUUUUUUGUGGUGUUGUCGGAGGCUGACACGAAAAAGAGUUUGAAUAAAGAUCCAGAGACAGGCGCUGAAGCUGUGAAACUGGCGUUUCAGCAGAAACCUCCUCCUCCUCCCAAGAAGAUCUAUGCAUACCUUGAUAAAUAUGUUGUGGGCCAGUCCUACGCAAAGAAAGUGUUGUCUGUGGCAGUCUACAACCACUACAAACGCAUUUACAACAACAUGCCAGCUAGCUCAAGGCAGCCGGUCGAGGUUGAAAAACCGACGUCUCUAACACCUCGAGAGUUAGAACUGAGACGUCGAGAGGAUGAGUACAGAUUUACAAAGCUGUUGCAAAUUGCUGGAAUCAGUCCUCAUGGCAGUGCUCUGGGGGCAUCAGUGCAGCAGCAGCAGCAGCAGGUGAUCCACCAGGCCCCACAGGAGAGGAGAGGAGGAGAGGUCCUUGAUUCCAACCCCACUGACAUUAAGCUGGAGAAGAGUAAUAUCGUACUGCUCGGCCCCACUGGCUCAGGCAAAACACUCCUGGCCCAAACUUUGGCAAAAUGCCUGGACGUCCCCUUUGCUAUCUGUGAUUGCACUACCCUCACCCAGGCUGGAUAUGUUGGGGAAGAUAUUGAGUCAGUUAUUGCAAAACUACUGCAAGAUGCAAAUUAUAUCAUUGAAAAAGCUCAGCAAGGUAUUGUUUUUUUGGAUGAAGUGGACAAGAUUGGCAGUGUGCCUGGAAUCCAUCAGUUAAGAGAUGUGGGUGGAGAAGGUGUCCAGCAGGGUUUAUUGAAACUCUUGGAGGGUACUAUUGUUAAUGUUCCUGAGAAAAAUACUAGAAAGCUCAGAGGGGAGACAGUGCAAGUUGAUACGACAAACAUCCUCUUUGUGGCAUCUGGGGCGUUUAAUGGCCUUGACCGUAUCAUCAGCAGGAGGAAAAAUGAGAAGUAUCUUGGAUUUGGUACGCCUUCAAACUUGGGGAAAGGCCGACGGGCUGCGGCUGCAGCUGACCUUGCAAACACCACCGGAGGAGAGGUGGAUGCAGUGGCUGAAAUUGAGGAGAAGGAUCGGCUCUUGCGGAACGUGGAAGCGCGAGAUCUCAUCGAGUUUGGCAUGAUCCCUGAGUUUGUGGGUCGUUUACCAGUGGUUGUACCCUUGCACAGUCUGGAUGAGGAAACCCUAGUGCGCAUCCUCACUGAACCUCGUAAUGCCGUUGUCCCACAGUACCAAGCUCUCUUCAGCAUGGACAAGUGUGAACUCACUGUAACACCUGAUGCCCUAAGAGCCAUAGCAAGACUGGCUUUGGAGCGCAAAACUGGUGCCCGUGGCUUAAGAUCAAUAAUGGAAAAACUCCUCCUGGAGCCCAUGUUUGAGGUGCCUCAUUCAGACAUCAGUAGAGUGGAGCUGGAUGGGGACGUGGUUCAGGGCAAAGCCACGCCUCGAUACGUAAGAUCUCCCACAAAAGACUCUGGUGAGGAGGAAUAUGACUCUGGAAUUGAGGAGGAAAACUGGUCCAGACAGGCUGAUGCUGCCAAGAACUAACCAAACUGGAGUAUACAGAUCUUGUGCUUUAAAUCUGGCAGUGAAAUCACUUUGACUGAAACUAGGUUACGGAUCAUUCACCUCCCUGUUCUCUGAAGGGUCCAUUUUUUCCGAUAAAUUAUGCAACCUUGAAUGAUAUCUAUGGUGAUGGUGACUUGUAUUCUGUAUUUAAAACUUUGGAGGAUUUUAUGCCUUUGAAAUGUGUCCUCUCUGUCCCCAUGCACAAUUAAGAAACUGUAUUUAGACUUCACUAAAUGUACAGCAAACUAUGCCUCCCAAUGAGAGACUGUUAAUUUGUAUUAAAUGUAAAGGUCGCUCGCUGUGUUUUAUUCCUUAUUAAAUAGAUGGUUUAUUUGACCUCA